CUCGCUUCGACUCUUCCUCUCUGCUGCUAGAACCAUAUGUGACAAAAAUCCGUCAAAAAAAAACGACCACAUAACUGGUUUGCACGGUCACCGCGAGCUAUCUAGUCUUCGGCAAUAUGGCACUUUUUCAUUUGAUUGCAAGUUGGAUCGGUUAUUUGAUUAUAUGCCUGCUUGGUUUGAUUUUGAUCGCGUUUCUCAUUUUUUGUCUUUACAUAAAAUAUAUUCAUCUGAAAUAUGAUCACAUACCGGGACCACCAAGGGAUAGUUUUAUAUUUGGACAUUCCCCAACCAUUCUGCGUGAGAUGAGCAAUGGUCGAGUUACACACGACAAAUUCCUGGAAUGGUCUGAGACAUAUGGACCUGUGUACCGUAUUAAUGGGUUGCAUGUUGUGAUGCUGUGUGUCACCUGUCCUGAUACCACCAAGGAAGUCCUGAUGUCACCAAAGUACCCCAAAGACUCACUGGUCUACAAGCGUCUCUUCAACCUGUUUGGACAGAGGUUUUUGGGAAGUGGCCUGGUCACAGCACAGAAUCAUGAUGUGUGGUACAAACAGCGAAGAAUAAUGGACCCUGCCUUCAGCAGUCUGUACCUGCGGGGUCAGAUGGGUGCGUUCAACGAGAGGGCAGAGAACCUGAUGGAUAAACUGGCGGACAUGGCUGACAACAACACAGCUGCCAACAUGCACCACAUGUUCAACCGUGUGACAUUGGAUGUCAUCACUAAGGUGGCGUUUGGAGUGGAGCUGGAUCUACUGAAGGAGAGUGACACUCCAUUCCCCAACGCCAUAGAGAUGUGUCUGAAGGGAAUGGUCCACUAUCUCAGAGACUCCACCUUCCAGCUCUACCCAAAGAACAAGAAGUUCAUCAACGAGGUGAAAGAGUCUGUUCAUCUGCUGCGUUCGACAGGCAGGCAGUGGAUCAACGAGAGGAAAAUGGCCGUCCAAAAUGGCGAGGACGUUCCAAAAGACAUCCUCACACAGAUCCUCAAGACGGCUGGCAAAGAAGAAAACAUAGCAAACGAUGAUGAGGAGGUUAUGCUGGACAACUUUGUGACGUUCUUCAUUGCGGGGCAAGAGACAACAGCCAAUCAACUAGCUUUUGCAGUUAUGGAACUGGGAAGGCUGCCAGAGAUAUUGACAAAGGUGAAGCAGGAAGUGGAUGAUGUCAUCGGGAUGAAACAGGAAAUCAGCUUUGACGACCUGGGGAAAAUGACCUACCUGUCCCAGGUUUUGAAGGAGACUCUAAGGUUGUACCCUACAGCACCAGGCACUUCUCGCUUCAUCCCCAACGACAUCGUCAUCAACGGCAUCCCCGUCCCAGCAGGAGUCACAUGCAUCUUCAAUUCCUAUGUCUGUGGAAGGUUGGAUAAGUUCUUUGAGGACCCGCUGAAGUUUGACCCAGAGAGGUUCCAUCCAGACGCUGCCAAGCCCUAUUACUGCUACUACCCCUUCGCCCUGGGACCACGCUCAUGUCUGGGACAGAGCUUCGCACAGAUGGAGGCGAAGGUAGUGAUGGCCAAGCUGCUCCAGAGGUUUGACUUCAGCCUGCUGCCUGGCCAGUCCUUUGACAUCCUGGACACUGGGACUUUGAGACCAAAGAGUGGAGUGGUGUGUAACAUCAAACACAGAGGACAGACACCCGCAGCCUGACCUGACUGGGACCUGAACAUGACAUACUUCUCUAUAACUUACUUGUCUUAUUCCUUAUAGUUCCUAGCGGAGCAAAUGGCCUCUGUCUUUCAAUGAAGCGCUUUAUAAAAUAUCUAGCUAUUUUUAAUGAAAAUGGAUUUUGAACAAUUAUGUUAAUUUUUUUGUAUCAAUGGUGAACUGAUAUAAUGAAGCAAUAAGGCCCGAGGGGGUGUCGUAUAUGGCCAAUAUACUAUGGCUAAGGGCUGUUCUUAUCCACGACGUAAC